GUCGGCUGAUGUCGAAUCUACUCCAGUGUCCAGUAUGAAUGUUCAUUCUUGAUCUUCGUGGUAAAUCGACCACUUGUUGCUCUUUGAUAUAAAAUCGAAUCACGUAUUAUUUUGAAGAAAAAAAUAACUAACAUGAGUAAACCAGUUGCUGAUAUUGCCCUUAUUGGACUGGCUGUUAUGGGCCAGAAUUUGAUUCUAAAUAUGAAUGAUCAUGGAUUUGUUGUGUGCGCUUAUAAUCGUACAACGGAUAAAGUUAAAUCCUUUUUAGAAAAUGAAGCAAAAGGCACAAAAAUUAUUGGUGCAUAUACAUUGAAAGAAAUGGUAGACAAAUUAAAAUCACCAAAAAGAGUAAUGCUUUUGGUAAAAGCUGGUGCAGCUGUUGAUGCAUUUAUACAACAAUUAGUACCCUUAUUGUCUCCUGGAGAUAUUAUCAUUGAUGGUGGUAAUUCUGAAUAUCAAGAUACUGAUAGACGAACCAAAGAAUUAGAAAAAAAAGGAAUUUUAUUUGUUGGUAGUGGUGUUAGUGGAGGUGAAGAUGGUGCUAGAUAUGGACCAUCUUUGAUGCCAGGUGGAAAUCCCAAAGCUUGGCCGCAUAUUAAACAAAUCUUCCAGUCAAUCUGUGCAAAAGUCAAUGGAGAACCAUGUUGCGAUUGGGUUGGAGAAACAGGUGCAGGUCAUUUUGUAAAAAUGGUACACAAUGGUAUUGAGUAUGGUGAUAUGCAACUUAUUUGCGAAGCAUAUCACAUUAUGAGAAAUGGUUUAAAACUUAAUGCAGAAGAGAUGAGUCAAACCUUUGAUGAUUGGAAUAAAGGAGAACUUGAUUCAUUUUUGAUUGAAAUCACUAGAGAUAUUCUUAAAUAUAAAGAUGAGAAAGGAUAUUUAUUAGAGCGAAUUAGGGAUACAGCUGGUCAAAAAGGAACUGGCAAAUGGACAGCUAUCGCAGCGUUAGAUUAUGGAGUACCUGUAACUCUAAUAGGAGAAUCAGUCUUUGCUAGGUGUCUUUCUGCUUUACAAAGUGAAAGAGUAGAAGCAAGCGCAGUGUUAAAAGGGCCCGAUGCUACAUAUCAAGGCGAUAAAAAACAAUUCCUAGAACAUUUAAAAAAAGCUCUCUAUGCCUCCAAAAUUAUUUCCUAUGCACAAGGAUUUAUGUUAUUAAGAGAGGCUGCCAAAAUUUUCAAUUGGAAUUUGAAUUAUGGUGGAAUAGCUCUUAUGUGGAGAGGAGGAUGUAUUAUAAGAAGUGCAUUUUUGGGAAAUAUAAAAAUAGCAUUUGAAAAGAAUCAAAAACUUUCCAAUUUAUUAUUGGAUGAUUUCUUUGCUAAUGCAAUGAAGGAAUGUCAAGCUAGUGCUAGGGUAGUAGUAUCUACAGCUGUAACAUUAGGCAUACCAACUCCUGCACUAUCAACAGCUUUAGCCUUCUAUGAUGGUUAUAGAACUGCUCGACUUCCAGCAAAUUUACUUCAAGCUCAGCGGGAUUAUUUUGGUGCUCACACUUAUGAAUUACUUGGUCAAGAAGGAAAGUUUGUCCAUACUAAUUGGACUGGACAUGGUGGAAAUGUAUCUGCAUCUACAUACGAUGUAUAAUUGUCAAUAUAGUUUUAUGGCAAUAAAAUGUAAAUACAUACAGAUAAA